AAUGUCAUUUUCUGUAAAUAUUGUGAACUUUGUGAAAUUUUGAAGACGGAACCUGAAAUAAAUGAUUCAAACAUUCUCCGUUAAGAUGCUCUGGUUCAAAGUAAUUGUAUAUUGCUUGUGCUUCAACAAAUUUGCUAUAUCAGCCGAGGAACAGUGUCGCCAAGGUGUUAACUGCCUUCUACCGGACUGUUUCUGUAGUAGAUUAGAACAUCCUAUGGACCGGAAUGACAUCCCUCAAAUGGUGUAUUUUGGAUUUGAUGAUGCAUUGAAUACGGAGAGUAUUCAACACUACGAUUUUCUCUUUCGACGUAACCAAACCAACCCCAACGGCUGUCCAAUAAGCGCCUCAUUAUACAUUUCACAUAAAAACACGAAUUACGACAUCGCAAAAAUGUAUUACGAGCGUGGAUUCGAACUGGCUGUACACAGUGUGAGUCAUACAGAAAUUGAUACAUACACAAAGGUGCUUAAAGAAGCUCGUGACCAACGGAACAAUAUUGCUAAUUUGGCUGGUGUCCCUAUUGACGAGAUUGUCGGAUGGAGGAGUCCUAAUUUGGUUACGGCAGGUGACGGACAGGCAGCCGCUCUCCAAUCCCUGGGGUACACGUAUGAUAUUUCAUGGUCUCAUGAAAAGCUUCGUGUGACCGAUACAAACGUUUGGCCAUUUACAUUAGAUUUUGGUUGCCAGCUUUCAAUGAAAUGUCCCAAAGAAAAACACAACGGUUUUUGGGUAAUUCCGAUAAAUUCUGUUGUGUGGAAAAAAUGGGAAUGUGUAUACACUGAUGGAUGCUACGAACGACCUAAAAGUACAGAAGAAGCUUACAAUUUCAUUAUGGAUAAUUUUAAUAGGUAUUAUCAGGGAAACCGAGCACCAUUCGGAAUACAUAUGCACAUGGCUUGGUUUCUCCAUCCAUAUACAAAGGCAGGUAUGGACAGGGCCAUACAUGACAUGUUGAGAUAUGAAGAUGUAUACAUAGUAACUGCCAAACAGGUACUGGAGUGGAUGAGGCAACCAACCAGAAUCUCUGACAUCAAACAUUUUAAGUAUUGGGAUUGUAAAGGAAAAUCGGAUGUAAGAGAUGUAUCUUUGCCGGAUGCUAAUACGGAUGACCGUGGUGUAAGUGAUAACCUUUCGCCAGAAAUUAAUUUCAAAGACCUUGAAGUAAAUGCUAGAUCUUCGCAGGAAAAUGAUAUGAAAGACCUCGAUGUAAAUGAUAGUCCUUUAAAGGAAAUUAAUGUGAAAGACCUGAAAGACCUUGAUGAAAAUGCUAGAUCUUCACCGGAAAAUAAUAGGAAAGAUCUCGAUGUAAAUGAUAGUCCGUCAAAGGAAAUUAAUUUGAAAGACCUCGAUGAAAAUGCUAGAUCUUCGCCAGAAAAUAAUAAGAAAGAUCUCGAUAUAAAUUAUAGUCCGGCAAAGGAAAUUAAUUUGAAAGGCCUCGAUGAAAAUGCUAGAUCUUCACCGGAAAAUAAUAGGAAAGAUCUCGAUGUAAAUGAUAGUCCGUCAAAGGAAAUUAAUUUGAAAGACCUUGAUGUAAAUGCUAGAUCUUCGCCGGAAAAUAAUAUGAAAGACCUCGAUGUAAAUGAUAGUCUUUCGUCGAAUGAUAAUACUGGGAUGCAAUAUUCCCCAAACCGAAAUGGAGAAAGAGAACAUUUGUCGCCAGUUCUUUUACUUGGUGCUGUACUGACCUGUCUAUCUGUUGGGAUAGUGUAUUGGUUGAUAGUAAAGAGAGGUAAAAACUAUACACCACUGCGGUCUAAUUUGCUUGCUGAAGAGUACAGUGAUUGCACACUUUAAUGUUCAAUAAUACAGAUCAAAUAAUAUAUUGGUUAUGUUAUGUUUCAGUUGAUGUACUUUGCAGUGACAGAGUCGUCGAUGAAACACAUGGUAACAGAAAAACAUACAUUUGAAUAAGGGCGUUAUUAAAUUUUCAAGGCAUGAGAUAAUAUAACAAAUUCUAAAAAACAAACUGUCUAUACAACGCGUUGAAUAAACUAUAAACUCGUUUUGACCUUUGAUCGGUAUGAUGUUUAAUCACGUGGUUCAAUUGGUUUUGUUGACACACAAAAACAAAAAGAAGUUUUAAAUUGUUUUUGUGAUAUUUAUAAAGAUUUUUAUCCAAUUAUUGCUUUGAUAAAUAUUAAACCUGCCAGCUAUGAUCAACAAUAUAUUAUUAUAUAAUACCUUUAGGAUAUAUCCUAACAUGUAUAUGGUAUCUUUUCACUCUCGUUAAUUAUUUUUCAAGAGUUACAAAAAAGACUCGCCGAAGCUUGUGUUUUUGUAACUUUUGAAAAAUAACUUCAAAAGUGAAAGAAAUACUUUAUUCAACAACUAUCUGUUGUGUUUUCCAUUUCUCAUAUAUCUUGGAAAUGCCCUAUUUCAAAAUUGAAAUUCAACUUUCGCGUUAUUUCUAUACGACGACAUACAUAUUCUUUUGCUUCCUAAAAUUGUAUAGUUACUUUUGUAAUAUUGGGUUAUCGAAUUGAGCUUUGAUCUCGAAAUUAAUAACAAAACAGGUUUUAAACCAUGCAAAGUUUUGUUUAUUUUUUUCUCCUGCGACGAAAUGUCGCCAACACUAUGCUGUUACGUUUCCAGCGUUAGGGGAGGUGAUCGGUAUUCAUCUAUGGUUAAUUUAUGCUACUAACAACACAUAAGUAGAAAAUAUAAAUGCUAUUCAUGUAUUCCUUUGUUUAGGCUAUUGUUUUAUAAUGUAACAAUAUACUGUAUGCAUUGCUUAAUCUUGUUUUGAGUAAACAAUAUUGAGAUAAAGAUUU